AUGGCAGAUGGGAGCCAGGCCCAGCUGGCCAUAAGCCACCUUAACGGACAUAAGCUGCUUGGAAAGCCUGUGCGCAUUACCCUCUCCAAACACCAAAAUGUACAGCUGCCCCGAGAGGGCCAGGAGGACCAGGGCCUCACCAAAGACUACAGGAACUCACCCCUCCACCGCUUCAAGAAGCCUUUCUCCAAGAACUUCCAGAACAUCUUCCCACCCUCAGCCACCCUGCACCUUUCCAACAUCCCGCCCUCCAUAACUGAGGACGACCUCAAGAUGCUCUUCUCCAGCAACGGUGGAAUUGUCAAAGGGUUCAAGUUCUUCCAGAAGGAUCGCAAGAUGGCGCUGAUCCAGAUGGGCUCAGUGGAGGAGGCCAUCCAGGCACUCAUCGACCUGCACAACCACGACCUGGGAGAGAACCACCACCUGCGGGUGUCCUUCCUCAAGUCCACUAUCUAG